AGGCAGAUCGGGGAGGGACGGAGGCAUAAGUAGGUAAGCAGAGUAAAAAAAUAAAUCAUCGAAGAGGCUAAAGAAGAACUGUCAGCGCCGAUCACCUUCGGAAUCUCCUCGCGAAGAGAGGCGCAACAUGCAUUGGAUCCGCUAACAGUAAUCGGAGGGGAGGAGAGCAAACAAAAACACAAAAGACACAUCGCUGCAAAAAAAUGCUGGGCUGUUGCACCGCAUGACUUGCCUUCUUUUGCCAGCAAGUAAAAAUGGCAAACGUGAGACGAAACCCAGAAAUUCUGUAAAUGCGUGUUUCGUGUUUUCAGAAUUAACAUGGGGACAGGGUGCGAGAGAGCUUUUCGCCGAAAUCUAAAGUAAGAAAAAAAACAUACAGUCGGGCGUAGCUGGGUACGUUUUCGUUUGAGAGUGCUUUUAGGCAACAGCGCAGGCUGAUCGUGCAGCUUCGGAAAGGGGGCCGGCGUCUAGCCGCUGUUGCCAGCUUGAGAGACUGAACGCGUCUUCCCUCCCUCCCCCUCUGUUUGCGAGGUUACGCCGCUGCGCUCCUCUCUGGCGCGUUGUUCAGUUUCGAUUUUAAGGCGGAGGUUGUGGGACGGAUCGCCGCUUUUAUUUAUCUGCUUUGUUUUUUUUUUUCAAAUACCUCGGUUGUAAUCGGUUUAAGCAAUGGCGGGUCCCGAACAGACCCAGCAGCAAGUGGAGGCGAGAGCGGAGCGGAUAGACGAUGCGGAGCUGGCUCUCCGAGGCAUAAACAUGCUACUGAACAACGGCUUCAGAGAGAGCGACGAGCUGUUCAGGAAGUACAGGAACCACAGCCCGCUCAUGAGCUUCGGGGCCAGUUUCGUCAGCUUCCUGAACGCCAUGAUGACGUUCGAGGAGGAGAAGAUGCAGAUGGCGUGCGAGGACCUGCGGGCUACGGAGAAGCUGUGUGAGAGCGACAACGCCGGCGUCAUCGAGACCAUCAAGAACAAGAUCAAAAAGAGCGCGGACUCCCAGAGGUCCGGGGUCACGGUGGUGGAUCGGCUGCAGAGGCAGAUCAUCGUGGCGGACUGCCAGGUCUACCUGGCCGUGCUCUCCUUCGUCAAACAGGAGCUCUCAGCGUACAUCAAAGGGGGCUGGAUCCUCCGCAAGGCAUGGAAAAUGUACAACAAGUGCUACAGCGACAUUAGCCUGCUGCAGGAGGCGUGUCAGAGGCGGAGCUCCCAGGAGGCCCCGUCCACGGCCCGGGCCAACGACAAUGAGCCGCCGCUGGAGUCGAUGCCGCAGCCCCGCGAGGGUGUGACGGCCGAGGCGCUGAGCCGGCUCAAGGGCUCGGUCAGCUUUGGCUACGGCCUCUUCCACCUGUGCAUCUCCAUGGUGCCGCCGCACCUGCUGAAGAUCAUCAACCUGCUGGGUUUCCCCGGCGACCGGCACGAGGGACUGUCCUCUCUCACGUAUGCCAGCGAAAGUAAGGACAUGAAGGCCCCCCUCGCUACGCUGGCGCUGCUGUGGUACCACACGGUGGUGCAGCCCUUCUUUGCGCUGGACGGCUCGGACACGCAGGCGGGCCUGCUGGAGGCCAAAUCCAUCCUGCAGAAGAAGGAGGCCGAGUACCCACACUCCUCCCUCUUCAUGUUCUUCAAGGGCAGGGUCCAGCGGUUAGAGUGCCAGAUAAACAGUGCCUUGACAUCCUUCCACGACGCUUUGGAACUCGCGACAGAUCAAAGAGAAAUCCAACACGUGUGUCUGUAUGAAAUUGGAUGGUGCAGCAUGAUCGAGAUGAACUUCCAGGAUGCCUACAAGUCCUUCGAGCGGCUGAAGAACGAGUCGCGGUGGUCCCAGUGCUACUACGCCUACCUGACCGGAGUUUGCCAAGGAGCCACGGGGGACCUGGAAGGGGCAAAGGGCGUUUUCAAGGACGUCCAGAAGCUCUUCAAAAGGAAGAAUAAUCAGAUAGAGCAGUUCUCUCUGAAAAAGGCAGAGAGGCUGAGGAAGACCCCGCCCUCGGUGGAGCUUUGCAUCCUGGCUGUCAUGGAGGUGCUGUACCUGUGGAAGGCCCUGCCCAACUGCUCCACCUCCAAACUGCAACUCAUGAGCCAAGUUUUACAGGAAGUGAAUGAUGUGUCGCACACGGGCCUCAAACACCUGCUCCUAGGUGCCAUCCACAAAUGUCUAGGCAAUACAAAGGAUGCCAUACAGUCCUUCCAGCUGGCUGCUAGAGACGAGGCAGGCCGGCAGAGCAACUCCUACGUCCAGCCGUACUCCUGCUACGAGCUGGGCUGUGUCCUGCUGGAGAACCCUGAGUCUAUGGGAAAGGGCAGAGCGUUGUUACUGCAGGCCAAGGAGGAAUAUGCGGGCUACGACUUUGAGAACAGGCUCCACGUGCGUAUCCACUCAGCCCUGGCCUCUCUGAAGGAGGUGGUCCCUCAGUGACUUCGCCUUGCCCUGCCCCACCUCACCCCACCCAGGCCACACUGCACCCCCGUGCCCCCCGCCCUCCAGGCCUGCACUUUGUGCUGUGCACAACACCUCUUUAGGAUGGAGAAGCCCGGCUUUUUUCACAAAAGCCAUCCUGACAGCCUCUUUCGCUUUUUUUUUUCUUCUUCUUUUUUUUCUGCUGCGGUUUACCUUGUAGAUGCCAUACGCAUACCAGUGGGGUAGAAGACAACACAGCCCUCGUUUCAAUCAGUUUAGGGAAUUGCUGCGUAGCCAUUGAGAUGUUGUGCCCCAGUGGUGCAACCUUCCUCUCUUUAGUCUCAACGUAGGCAUCCUCCCUAUUUGCCAAACUGUAUGUGUGUUCUGCCACGUAUUAAUGAAAAAGGCAGCCAUCAAAUUCAUCCGGGUGUGUACCCCUGUGGAAUAGGAGAGGGGUAUAAUAGGACCUUCUUUCUGUUUUCACCAUGGUACACGUCCGCUGAACAAAACCACCACCGCAUUUAGCACAGGCCCCAUUCAUCCACGUUUUUUUUGCGCCAAAUGUUAAGGUUGCACUGUAAAGGACCAGAGAGCACGUGGGAAUCAGGCAAUCACAUCGCAGAUAUUCUAUGUGUGUACCAGAUAUACUGCACCGUACCCUGCACGUUGAAAGUUAUGUCUUUGCCAUUGUUGAAGCUAAGCUUUCUGAUUUGUUGGUCCAUUAUGAGUAUUUUUAUAAGGGCAGGGUUUAAAACGGCGCAUCCAGAGCUAAUGUAGCGAUACAUACGGUGUUGACAGCCAAAGUUACUGAGUAAAAAUUUGUAGAUAAAGUAUUGUGGACAGAAGAUAUGCAGGAGCCAAAUAUCUGGCCAUUGUGUAGAAUAUCUGUGACUGUGCUCUACUGUAGGUAAUGAGGAUGAGGUACUGAGGGAGGCAGGGUCUCUGGUAGCUUUAUUCGAGAGGUGUAGUACUUUUCCAUAGAACACGUACUUACCAGUUUCCUGAAAUCUGUGUUUGUUGUGGUGUCAAAACUAUGCCGAUAGGUAGUGCCAACUGUAAGUCAGUUAGUCGCUGACACACUUCCCCUUCCUCCAAUUUCUCGUCCCCCUUUCAUAAUACCUUAACCGGGUCGCUCUCAUUAAUGCACUGCAAAGAGAGUACAUUUACAUUUACAUUUAUUCAUCGGGCGGACGCUUUUAUCCGCAGGGACUCACAGGUGAGGGGUACAUGAGAGUACAUGACUGAGGGUGAUUUCACAGACCGUGCAGCGGUGUCAGUGUCAGGAACAGCAGAGAACACACCUUUUCUCAUGGUACUUUUUAGGCAUCGGUGCCCCGCUUUUCCUGUUCGUUUUCUGCGGCUGAGCUUCAAACCAGCUUUGACUACAUUACUUUGAAUUUAGAGAUCGUAUCCCCUGCUAAGGUUCAAGCCUCUCACGGCCAGCUUUCAGUUGGGUAGGGAAAUCAGCAAACAGGCUUGUGUCAAAGCCUUUUUCUGUUAGUGGAGGUGCUUAGAGUCCAGCUGUAGCUCUCUGCUGUAGUCUUGGUCCAGUAGUAUGUGUGGCAAGGUUUAUAAUCCCUCCUUCAAACUGUUGCUCAUUUCUGCUGUAAUGAGAGCAGUUGAUAGCCCUGUAGAAGUGAGCACAAUCCAAUGGAUCACCAUGCUUGUGCAUACCUUAGAAUCUCUGACUCGUUUCCCUCCGUAGAGCCACAGUAUUUUGUUUAACUUUGUACACACACUGAAGAAAAAAAAAAAACGUGAGUGUAAAGCGUGUUUUAAAUACCUCAGUUUACUUGAUCCUGUGCGCGAGCGUGUUGACACAGAGCACCGGACAGAACUGCUGGUCUUUGCUGUCACUCUGAGAAUGCUCUAGAGAAAAGUAAAUCCUCCAGCUUUUGGUCUCAGAACUCUGGAAGAACAAGACCCCCUGGGCUAAUAAUGUCUACGGGUGGCUUAUUGAUGACCUCAUCGAUAAUCAUCAAGCCUCACGCUUGUCCGUUUGUGCUUUUCUUUCCCUACGACUUCAGUAUAGGGUACGUGACUUCAUAUUCAUGCAGUGUGAGAGUGACAAAAGACUCAUUUUCUGUUCAUUAGGGGAACCUACUGAACUAAGGGACACAGUCUGUGGGGUUAAUUAUUAAUUAACAAAAUAGCAUCUCUGUCUCUUGUUUUGGAGGAGGUUAAGUGUUAAAUUGAACGCUGCAGAGUCCCAGACUUUUUCCCCAACCUCCCUUCAAAUUUUCUGUUGGUCCAACUCUCCCAAUGCUCUCUGCUCUGAGGCAGCGGGUAAUUGAAUCAUGAGCAAACUCUGUAUCACCAAUGGCUAAUGCAAAACAGGGCAUUGACAAACUCAACUAUGCAUGUUUUCCAUAACUAUUCCUCAGAGAGUUAGGGUUUUGCUGCACUUUAUUUAACAGUAGAGCAUCAAGCAUUGUAGCUGUAUUAAUUUGUACACAUUGCUGGGUAUUAACACAGUGUGCAGUAACUGUUACGGUCCUGGGUUCAGGACCAGAGGGUUGCCAGUUCACCUCCCAGUUGGUGCACUGCUGAUGUACCGUUGAACUUCACUAACAUAUUUAGCUGUGCCAAUGGACAAUAUAGAAACACAUCUGUAAUGGUCAUUGCCAUAGAUUAAGCCUGUCUGCCAAGCAAAUUGUUGCAGUUGUUAAUAGCAGGUAGCUACAGCUGGUAGUUACCUUGUGAAGCUACAAUACCAGUAAUGAAACAGAGCAGGAAUUAAGUGUUUAUCUGUAGAUACUGACCAUUUCCACAGUGCCAAAGUGUUAAUGAUAAUGGUACCAAAGUGUAUCUGGUGGUUUACAUGCCUACAUGUUUACUGUAAUAUAAAGUGCAGUCUAUCGUUCUACUGACUUCAGUCCACAGGAAUAUCUACCUGUACGCUUCAGACUACUACUUCUCAAUGGCUGUAUAUUAAUAGGAAUGUUUACUGUGUCCUUUUUUAGGGGGUUUGUAUGAUUUCUAUUGUAUACAGUACCUAAAAUAUGGUUCAGUAUUUAUGAGGAUCUUUUUCCAUGUUAAGUCACAGUGCUCCUUUUGAAUCAAAGCAUGACUAUAACCACAGCCUUUUUGGAGGCGUAAUUCAAGACCCUUUUACUUUGUAAUGAUGACUAAAUGUUAUUUUCCUCCUGUUUAUUUUCCUGGAGAUGUUGUUAUAUUUUUGGUAAAACUAGGAUUUCCUAUCAGACCGUACUGGUGACGAGUGCAGUGUGUUACCAAUAAAAUAAAGAAAAAGAUCAACAGGGUAGAAUUUCAUAGUUUGUAAUAGGCGCUCAGAGGUAUGGUUGCUUAGCAAUAAAUCCAGGUGAAACGUACUUCUGUAUUGGAACCGGAGUAUUUGGGGGAACUUUGGUUGCCGUUGUUUCAUUGUGAAAGUUCCGUAAGUGCACAGUUUUAUUUGUUAACGGAUAUUUGGACAAAAAGUGAUUUUUAGUCCUCUGCCUCUCAGCCACCCCCCCUCUGUUACCCAUUAGCAGAGAAGGUAAAUCUAUAUUAUAAUAUAAUAGGUUUGACCAUAUUCUGCAUAUGUUGCAUAGUAUAUAUGCAACUAUGCUGUCAAUAUGACCAAUAUUUAAUGCACAGUAGCCAUACCUAUAUCGUUUCUGUAUGCUAUGUGAGAAUAUUGCUGUUUUCUCACUGAGGUGUUGGUGUCAUGAGAGGGUGAGGACUAAAUUUUAAUAGAUACUAAUGAAAUAGGAAUAAUUUUACAGGAACUGGAUUUCCUGGUUUGCGCAGCGGUUUUUCCUCUUGGAGCCUGUCAUUGUACGAAGCCAAUAAAGGAUCGCUGUUGUGAAUCCACCCAGCCUGUGUGCAGUCUUUCCAUUUGCAUAAAGUGCAAAAAUGACACUGUAUGCAAAGGCCCA